GCGGCCCCGCCCCACUCUUUGCAGGACGUCACCAAGGACUGCAGGGGCCUGAGCCGCUGCCGCCGCCGCCGCCGCCGCCGCGCAGCCCCACAUCAGCUCACUGGGGGUCCCCGUCACCGCCACCGCCCAAAAGUCACCGCCAGUCGGAUCGCUGCCACAUUGGUGCAGGGCAAGAUGGCAUCCGCCACAGACUCCCGCUAUGGGCAGAAGGAGUCCUCGGAUCAGAACUUCGACUACAUGUUCAAGAUCCUCAUCAUUGGCAACAGCAGCGUGGGCAAGACGUCCUUCCUCUUCCGCUACGCGGAUGACUCCUUCACACCCGCCUUCGUCAGCACUGUGGGCAUCGACUUCAAGGUCAAGACCAUCUACCGCAACGACAAGAGGAUCAAGCUGCAGAUUUGGGACACAGCAGGGCAAGAGCGGUACCGGACCAUCACCACCGCCUACUACCGGGGCGCCAUGGGCUUCAUCCUCAUGUAUGACAUCACCAACGAGGAGUCCUUCAACGCUGUGCAGGACUGGUCGACCCAAAUCAAGACCUACUCGUGGGACAAUGCCCAGGUGCUGCUGGUGGGGAACAAGUGUGACAUGGAGGAUGAGCGGGUGGUGUCAUCGGAACGUGGCCGGCAGCUGGCCGACCAUCUUGGGUUCGAGUUCUUUGAGGCAAGUGCGAAGGACAACAUCAACGUCAAGCAGACCUUUGAGCGCCUGGUGGACGUCAUCUGCGAGAAGAUGUCCGAGUCACUGGACACGGCAGACCCCGCUGUGACCGGCGCCAAGCAGGGCCCGCAGCUCACUGACCAGCAGGCGCCCCCGCACCAGGACUGCGCCUGCUGAGAGCAGCCCCGCCCCCGCCCCACCCCCCGGGCCUGGGACCCGCCCCUGCCGUAGCCCAUCGCCCUUAUUUAUUAUCGUAGUUAUUUAUUUAUUUAUUGAAGAUGUCCCCCAGGGGCCCGGGCUCCCCCGCCCUCCCCCCUGUACAUACAGCCCUGCCCCUGCUCUGCUGUGGCGUGUCGUGGUCACCGCUCACCCUCCUCUGGAGACUUCACCUUUUUUUUUUAAAAUUCACCCUCAUCAGCAGUUGUUGGUUGUGAAGAGGGGACCAGAUGACACCCCAGAGCAGGCUGAUGCGGUGAUGGGGUGGCCAGGCCCGCCAGCCCCUCCUGAUGCAGCGCCCCGGGUCCCCUGCUCGGGCUUCUCCUGGUGGACCACAGGGGAGGAGGCCAGGACUCCUCGCCCCCAGUUUUGUCUUUUAGGUGGGAGGGGUGCUGGGAGUGGAUUCCACCCUGGGACCACCCCUCCAGACCUGUUCUGACGUCACAAGUGUCAAACGUGCCCCUCAGUCCCCUAGGAGAUGUAAUGACACACUACACACAAUCCAAUAAAGCGAAUGGACCAUG